AUGCCGAGGGCUUUCCUUGUCAAGAAGACCAGGACAAACCAACACGAGCGACUGGAAAGAGACUACAAUACAGAUGCUGUUGAAGAUGUUGACUUAAAGAAACCUCUUAAAGUUGACAUUUACCCAAGUCGCUAUAAUGCACUUGAUUCAUAUGAGCCAAGCACCUUCAAAGAACAGUCAAAACACCGCAUCACUUUUUCUAACUAUUUAAAAACUGAAGAACAGAGUGUGCUAAACCCUGUCGCCCAAACACAAUCCGCACGUUGUGUUGAGGAGCGUGGUCUGGAUCCUACGCCAGAACCGAUUGAUUUAUCACGGCUUAAAUAUUCAAAACAGUCACCCUUACGUAUUUCAUCCACGUCUGCCUUUGAACAUGUUCGACCAAGUUAUGUUCAAGCAGACGACAUUCAAAGCAGCGCCACACCAAAGUUAUAUUCAAGUGAUUACUUGGAUGGCGAAUCAUGGGAAGGCAAGUCAGGUACCUACAGAGAUGAACCGCUAGAUCUUCAAGUGAGACGUCACGGUGUCAUCACACCUGAUAGUGAGUCUACACAUUCAAAUGAAACUGUGACUCCAGUCGAAGUUGUUUUACCGCGCCCGUGGAAUCCAACUCGAUUCCAACGAGGGCUUGGUGGCCCUACACCAGCUUCAGGUCUACGCUCACUCACAGUUGGCGAUUCACCAACCCAAUCACCUUCACUUCAAGGCGUGGACUUUAACCGUUACUCUACUGACUGGGGUAGCGGGCUUGAUGGCUACAGGUCAUUCUGUAAACAAGAGCGCGUGAUGGUAUUGACCUCCGAUAGCCCAGUUAGAGAAGGUGGCUUUGAGGUUUCAAGUCGAUACAACCUUGAAGAUCCAUACACAUACCACACCAAUACCACCUUAAACGUCAACCACCCACCAACCCAAGGUGUAAGACAUCACAAGAGCUUAAGUCCAUCUCAAGUUCAAGCCGGCUUCUUAUCACAGCACGGGAACUUCUUGAGAAGUUCAGAGCAUCCGAAAGAGCGUGUGCUAUCCAAGAGGUCGGCUAGGCAACCUAUACUGGGUUUGGAGUACAUCCAGAACAACCCAGAUUGCCAGGACAGAAAUGAACUAUCAAACGAUGAGGCAGUCACGGAGGAAAACGAUCCUUUCUUAUCGCAUGAUGAGAGCAAGCUUGAUGACGUAGUGCAAAGCCCCCCAAGCUACCAACAAACUCCUGAUAUCAACAACGAAGAAACGUCGGACCAACUCGACCUGAAGCCCACACAGCACAAGAAGUACAUAUGUGACGUCUGCGGGAAGGGGUUCAGCCGAAGUAACACAUUGGUAACACACAAGCGCAUCCACACUGGUGACAAGCCGUUCAAAUGCGAGCUGUGCGGCCGGGCCUUCAGGCAACCCGGAAACCUUACACGGCACCGGCUCACGCACACUACGGUCAAGCCAUAUGUAUGCCAACAGUGCGGCAAGGCCUUCAAUCGUGCAUCCAACCUCCAUACCCACAUGCGAACUCACACCAACUACAAGCCGUUCAUUUGCCAAUACUGCGGCAAGGGAUUCCACCAGAAAAUCGACAUGAAGAUACACUCCUAUACACACACUGGUGAAAAGCCGCAUAAGUGCAAGAAGUGUGGGCGUGGUUUCAAGCAGUUAACCCACCUGACAUAUCACAUGAGAACCCAUUCUGAGGUUAAGAUGUACACAUGCGCAUACUGUGGGAAAGGCUUCAACCAGAAAGGAAACCUUCAAGCUCAUAUUUACGGGCAUACAGGUGAACGACCAUACCACUGUGAAGUAUGCAAUAAGGGGUUCACCCUAGCCAGUACACUCAACACUCAUAGACGCACCCAUGCAGACAAGAAACCAUUCGCCUGCCAAUAUUGCGGCAAAGACUUCUACCAGAAAAACGCCCUCAAAAGUCACAUGAUUGCCUCACAUCCAUACACAGGAGAGAGUCUUCUCUAA